AUGGAACAUAAAAUUAAUAUAUUUUUUAAUUUCACUUUCCUAAAGAUUCAUUUUUCUAACAAGAAUUUUCAACAAAUGCAUAAAAAAUAGCAUAAUUAAAAAAUAAUUAGAAAUUAUAAUAAUAUGAAGUAAGUUAUGAUAUAGUCAAAAGAAAAACAUAUAAAAUAAUAAAAUUUAAGAAAAUAUUAGAAAAUAAACGAAAUAAUCUUGUAGGUUCAGUUGACACAGUUAUACCAAUUAUUAAAGAUUUGUAAAUUAAUGAUGAAGAAUUAAUUGAUCAUCCUUAUGAAUAUUCUAUAUAGAAUCCUCUCUCUUCACAUUUAGUUAUUCAAACUCAAAGAAAAACAGAUGUCAGAAUUUUAAAUGAAGCACAAGAAUUCAAAAUUUAGUUAGGAAAUGAAGAAAAAGUAAAAAUAUAUAAUUAUAGUGAAUCAAAUAUUAUUGAUAUAGAAAAUAAAACAGUGUAAAUAUUAGGAAAUGUUUAUGAUCAUGAUUAAAUCAAUUAAGAUAAUAUUGUUUUCGAAGGUUCACAAGCAUCUUCAAUGGCUGGUUUAAGAAAAUCAGUUUAUUAUCGAAAAUAUACUCUUAUUAAUUAAUUAAAUAAUUUUACCACAUUUAUCCCUUUAUUAAACAAAUUAUUUGGAUUUUUUGCUUUUGCACUCAUAAAUUAAAUCAUAUUUAUAUCAAUAGUAAUUAUUUAUUUUAUUUUAGAAUAUGUCUUUCUCAAAAAAAGAUUUUUAUUCUCUCAAUUAUUACUAUGAAUCAAUCUAAAUUAAUCAUUAUUUUAUUGAGCCUAUGUAAAUAUUUUUCUUGGCUAGAUAUAUGCUAAUUGAUUAUUAAUUUCUUAGUCUAAGUUAAGCAAUAAGUCAAGAUCAAUUAAACUAUCAUUUGAAAUUCAUAAACCCUUUAAUAACUGAAUCGUAUGAUGAAUAUAAAAAAAACUUUUAAGAACAUUUUAAGGAUGAAAAACUAUUAGAAUUUAUUCGAAAUUAAUAUGUUUUAAUUUCGCAAUAAAGUUAUCAUUAACUUCCAGUAUAAUUAAAAGAGUACAAUGUAACUUUGUUUACUGCUUUUAGCAUCUUGCUUGAUUCAUUUUAUAAAUUAAAGUAAAGUUACAUUAAUCCAGUGCCUUAAUAAGGUGCUAAUCCUCACACUACUUAUUAAUACAAAAAUUAUGUCAUAUUUGUAACAAUAUUUGACAAUAUUUCUGAUUAAAUGUACAUAGAAUCUAUUUUUUAAAUUGAAUUAGUUGUAAAGAGAUGGAUCAUAAUGGUUAUUCCAAUUUCCUUUUUAUUAAUAUUUUCUUUAUUGUUACUAGCGUAUUACUAUAACUUAUUUAAUCACUUGUUAGAAAAGUUUUUUAAUCUUAACUAGCAUAUUGCUUAAAUAGAUCUUGAUCUAGAUUAAAAAAGGCAGUAGUUUAUUUUUUAGAGUUUAAAACAAGGAUCAGAAUUAAUUCAUAUGUACAAAUUUAAUUUGGUUGGAAAGGAAGAAUUAUUAACAAAACAUAAGACAAAAGAAAUGCAAAAAGAAUUAAAAAAUGCAGGACAAGAAUCAAGGGCGAUUAAAUUUUCAGUAAAAAUAUCAACAAUACCUUUAAUUUGUUGUGUUUUAGCGUUACUGGUGCAAUAUUUAUUGAUAUGUGGAUCCUUAACUUAUGUAGGAAGUGUAUAUAUGAGUAAAUUUUCUAAGACUAUUCACUUUUUUAAAUCAAUUUCAGAUAUAGGAGUUUAUGUUCCUGCAUCAUUUUCUCAAAAAGAAAUAUUAUAUUUUUUUUCUUAUUUCCCUUAUUAUACAAAUGAUGAUAGAGCAUUUUUUGUAGAAUAAAUAUAAAAAGCAGUCACAAAAAUUGAUACUUUCUUAUUAUAAGAUAUUGAAAGUUCAUAAUUACAAUUUUCUGCAUAAUUUUUGGAUACUUAUGAGUAUUUAGAAGAAAAUAAUUUAUGUCCAUUACUUAAUAGUUCAAAGUAUUAUGAUUUUGAUUAUUUUUGUUCGAAUUCUUAGAAUGGAAUUUUGAAAUUGGGUUUAAGAGCAUCAUUAACAAAUUUUAAUAGCAUAUUAAAAAAUGAAUUAAGUAUAAAUUUCCCAAGUACUCGCAAAUAACCUCCAAAAGAAGAAUUAGAAGCAGUUUAUUUAUGUUCAGAUAUUAUUACUGAAAUUACUAAUAAAAUGGAAUAAGAUAUUAAAUCAUAAACUUAAAUUAUUGAGGAAUUAUAUAAUGUAUUUAUAAUUAUAUUAUUAAUAGAUAAUUACUGCUAUAAGUUUGACUUAUACAAUAGUAUUGAUAAUUACUAUUUAAUUUUCAGUUUACAAAAAAUUUAGAUUGAAUCUUAAUAGAACAAAAAUGAUCUCAUUAAUUUUCCCAUUAGAAACAAUUUUCUUAAAUGAUCAUUUUGAAAGAGAAUUAAGAAGAAUGGUUACUAGUGAAAAAUUAAUUUGA